GCCGAAUGGUUUGGGCCUUUUCUGUUUGAAGGCAGCCGCAGGCCGGUCCAUAUAAUAUAGGGUUUACACGAUCAAUAAUAAAUAUAUUGAGAACAUAAAAAGGUGGUUUCUAGGGUUUGAGUGCAUUUUGAAGUUGCUCACAGUUGAGACGGCAGCGCCGAUACAGUAGCCAUGGUUCACGUAAACUUUUACCGCAACUAUGGUAAGACGUUCAAGAAGCCUCGCCGUCCAUAUGAGAAGGAACGUUUGGAUGCCGAACUCAAGCUUGUUGGAGAGUAUGGGCUACGAUGUAAGAGGGAACUCUGGAGGGUUCAAUAUGCUUUGAGCCGUAUUCGUAAUGCUGCAAGGAAUCUGCUAACCCUUGAGGAGAAGGAUCCUCGCCGAAUCUUUGAGGGAGAGGCUCUCCUCCGCAGGAUGAAUAGAUAUGGAUUAUUGGAUGAGAGCCAGAACAAACUCGAUUAUGUCUUGGCUUUGACUGUGGAGAACUUCCUUGAGCGUCGUCUUCAGACCCUUGUCUUUAAGACUGGCAUGGCGAAGUCCAUUCACCAUGCUCGUGUUCUUAUUAGGCAAAGGCAUAUCAGGGUUGGAAGACAGGUGGUUAACGUACCUUCAUUCAUGGUGAGGGUAGAUUCACAGAAGCACAUUGAUUUCUCUCUUACUAGCCCAUUUGGAGGUGGCCGUCCUGGAAGAGUGAAGAGAAGGAACAUGAAGGCAGCUUCAAAGAAGCAAUCUGGUGGAGAUGGAGAUGAGGAGGAUGACGAAUAAGUAGUUAAGUUUGGCAUCAAUUAGGACCCUCUGAGACCGAGUAGUAACUCUUUUGCAUUGCCUAGUGUCGGAUUAUAUUAAAGGUUUUGGAUUUUGUCUACUCAGGUUCUCUCUUAUGAAUGGUGGCUAGAAAAGCUUUUGUCAUUUGAUAUUCGUUAAAGUACUAGUCAGACAGAUAAUUUUAAAAUGGUGAACUAGUUUUUCUUUUUCA